UGGUUCCGCAGUGCUGUGAUCAAAGAAAAUGCCAUGCCCGAGGGCCUCAUGACACUUCUCUUCUCCAACAUUGAUCCCAUCUAUGAGUUCCACAGAGGCUUUCUCAAGGAGCUGGAUCAAAGAUUGGCUCUCUGGGAGGGACGCUCAAACGCUCAUGUGAAAGGGGACUACCAGAGAAUUGGUGACGUGAUGCUAAGGAACAUGUGUGCACUAAAGGCGUUCACAAGCUACCUGCAGAAGCAUGACGAGGUGUUGACAGAGCUAGAGAGAGCCGCCAAGAGACUGAAGACGUUGGAGACAGUCUACAAGGAGUUUGAACUGCAGAAGGUCUGCUACUUGCCCUUAAAUACCUUUCUUCUCAAACCAAUCCAGCGCCUCAUGCACUACAAGCUCAUCCUGGAGAGACUGUGCAAACAUUACUCCCCAGCCCACCGGGAUCACGACGAUUGCAAGGGUGAGUUCUUCG